AUGUCCAAUCUAGGCCUGGUCGACCACUCGCCCUUCAACGCCGAGCCCGCCGCUCCAAUCCCUACCGCCUCCAAUCUGAUUCUCAUCGACAACUACGAUUCAUUCACCUGGAACGUUUACCAAUAUCUGUGUCUCGAAGGUGCAAGCGUCACCGUCUACCGCAACGAUGAAAUCACCAUCGACGAAUUGAUUGCCAAAAACCCCACCCAGCUGGUUGUCAGCCCUGGUCCUGGUCAUCCCGAAACAGACUCCGGCGUCAGCAAAGAUGCCAUUCGUCACUUUGCUGGAAAGAUUCCCAUCUUCGGUGUGUGCAUGGGCGAACAAUGCAUCUAUUCUGUCUUUGGUGGCACCGUCGAGAAGACUGGCGAGAUCCUCCACGGGAAAACUUCGCCUUUGCGACACGACGGCAAGGGUGUCUACGCAAACAUCCCUCAGGACAUUCCCGUUACCCGCUACCACUCGCUUGCUGGAACACACCCAACUCUCCCCGAAUGUCUCGAAGUCUCUUCUUGGAUUGCCGUUGGCCCCGACGGAGGAAAAGGUGUCAUCAUGGGCGUGCGCCACAAGGAAUACGUUAUCGAGGGUGUUCAAUACCAUCCUGAGAGUAUCCUUACCGAAGAGGGUAGACUGCAGAUCAAGAACUUCCUGUACAUGCAGGGUGGUACCUGGGCUGAGAACGAGCGCCUACAGAAGGAGGCAAAGUCAAAAGCACAACCCGCAAAGUCCAAUGGACAGCCAAAGGACAAGCAGACCAACAUUCUCGAAAAGAUUUUCGCCCGUCGCAAGGAAUUGGUCGCUGCUCAGAAAGAGGUCCCUUCUCAAAGACCCGUCGAUCUUCAAGCCGCCUACGAUAUGGACCUCUCGCCUCCUCUGAUUUCCUUCGCCGAUCGUCUCAAGCAGUCCCCUUACCAACUGUCGCUCAUGGCCGAGAUCAAGCGUGCUUCGCCUUCCAAAGGCAUCAUUUCUAUCUCCACAUGCGCCCCUGCACAGGCUCGCAUCUACGCUUUGGCUGGCGCCAGUACAAUCUCCGUCCUGACUGAGCCUGAUUGGUUCAAGGGCAGCAUUGACGACUUGAAGGCUGUACGUCAAGCUCUGGUUGGAAUGCCCAAUCGUCCUGCUGUCCUCCGUAAGGAAUUCGUCUUCGAUGAAUACCAGAUCUUGGAAGCCCGCUUGGCCGGUGCCGACACUGUUUUGCUCAUCGUCAAGAUGCUCGAUAUCGAAACACUCCACAGACUCUACAAGUACUCCCGAUCUCUCGGUAUGGAGCCUUUGGUGGAGGUCAACAAUGAAGAGGAGAUGAAAGUCGCUGUCGAUAUGGGCUCAAAAGUCAUUGGUGUCAACAACCGCAACCUUACAAACUUCGAAGUCGAUCUGGAAACAACCAGCCGUCUCAUGUCACUUGUUCCCAAAGAGACUGUUGUUUGCGCUCUCAGUGGUAUCGCUGGUCCACAAGACGUCACUCCCUACCAGAAGAACGGCGUCGGUGCCGUUCUUGUUGGUGAGGCUCUGAUGCGUGCAAAAGACACAGCUCGGUUUAUCUCUGAGCUUCUCGGUGGUAGCGUCAAGUCUGAUCGUAAGGAAGCUAAGAAGUCACCUCUGGUGAAGAUCUGUGGAACACGCACACCUGAGGCGGCCAAGGCUGCUGUGGAAGCUGGCGCAGACUUCAUCGGCAUCAUCCUGGUUGAGGGUCGUAAGCGUUGCGUAUCUAACGAGACUGCCAUUCAGAUAUCGAAGGUUAUUCACGAAACAGAGCGUGGCAGAUUCAGUACAGAAGUUACCGCCGAGUCAUCACCAGUUUCCGCAACGAAUUACUUCGACCACACAUCGGCACAAGUUCUAACACACCCGCGACAUGCAAAGCUUGUCGGCGUGUUCCAAAACCAGCCUCUGCAAUACAUCCUAGCACAACAGAAGCUGCUUGGUCUUGACAUCGUGCAAUUGCAUGGAUCCGAGCCCAUUGAAUGGGCGUCGCUCAUUCCUGUUCCCGUCAUCCGCGCUUUCCAUCCUGGUGAUGCAGGCCUUGCUACUCGUGGCUAUCACGCCUUACCUUUGGUCGACUCAGGUGCUGGUGGCUCCGGCGAGCAGGUGGAUUUGAGCCAGGUCCAAGAGCUUCUACAGAAGGAUAGUGGUCUAAGGAUUAUGCUCGCUGGUGGUCUCAACCCAAGCAAUGUGAAGCAGAUGUUCAGCAGUCUGGAAGCACAUAUAAGCCAGGUUGCGAUAUUGGAUGUUAGCAGCGGGGUGGAAGAGAAUGGUGAGCAGAGCCUUUCAAAAAUUCGCGAGUUCGUUACUACCGUCAAGGCGGGCCCUUGA